AUAAAAUAUAAUUAUUGUAUAUUAACACGAUUUUAUUAUCAAUUGAAUACCAGUUUUUUGAAAGUUUUGUCCUCCUUAAAUAAUAGAUUGACGUCGUUUUAAAGGUAAAAAACAGAUGGAAUAUUUCCAAUUAAAUGGCCUUUGCAUUGCUAUCAGCUAGACCGAAUUCCCAUCCUUUUCAAGAGAGGCAUAUAUCUCUUAAAGAAGUUGUUAAAAUCGGCAGGGCAGUUGCAAAAACUAAACCUUCAUCAAACAAUGCUGUAUUUGAUUGUAAAGUUUUAUCUAGAAACCAUGCCAUUAUGUGGUAUGAAAAUGGCAAGUUUUUACUUCAAGACACAAAGAGUAGUAAUGGAACUUAUGUCAACUCAGUUCGUUUAAGUCGUGGUUCUGAGGAAAGUGAACCUUAUGAAAUAAAAUCUAAUGAUAUUUUGCAAUUUGGUGUUGAAGUAGUAGAAAACUCUAAGAAUGUUACUCAUGGAUGUAUAAUUGGUUUAGUUACACUUUUUCAUGAAGAUGGUACAGAAGCUCUUAGUUCUACGGAAGAAACACCAAAAGGAAUUCUCUCAAUGUUUUUGGAUGAAAAAAAUUUUCUACCUCAAGAUUUAUGGCAGCUGUGCCAGUUUUUGCAGGAUGCAGUGUAUCGUGAACAACAGCUGGAGUCUAAACUUUCAACUCUGCAGCAACUUAUUGUAGAAUCUCACUCUACUUCCCAUGAUGCUUUUCAGGGUUUCAUAAAAGAAGACAAACUUUUAUCUCGUCUUGAAACUCUUGAAAAUCAACUUGAAAUAGCAACAAAAGAUAUAACAAAUGAUGAGGCAGUUCAAAAAUUAGUUGAAUAUCAAGAAGAAAAGUUGCAUUAUGAGACUACUACAAAGGAAAAUCUGCAAUCAAUACUGGUCGAAAAAGCUGAAGCCUUAUCAAAACUUGCUGAUACAGAACGAAUAUUGAAGAAUACUGAAGAAGAGUGCACUCACCUUAAAAUGGUUCAACAUAAUUUACAAAAAGAACUUCAGCAGCUAAUUGAAGUGCACAAGCUGCAAAGCAACGAACUGACAGAUUUAAAGUUGUUGACUGCAAAAGAUGAAGAAAAGUUGAGCCAAUAUGAAAAAGAUAAUCGAAACCUCAAAGCACAAUUGGAUCUUGCAGAAAGACGAGGUAGUGCAUUGGCUGUUGAUGUUGAAUCUCUCCAAGCUGAAUGUGAUUUCACCAAGCAACAAUUAAAUGCUAUCAAAGAAAAGCUUGAUCAAUCUAUGGCAGCAUUAAAAGAAAAAGAAAUUGCUAAAGCGGAAGAUACAGAAAAGGUUAUACCUUUUGCUUCUGAUCAUGCUACUUUGGAAAAAGAGGUUCAAAAUAAAAGUGCAUAUAUUCAAGUUCUUAAAGGGAAGCUGUCUGAAGCAUAUUCUGAAUUAGAAAACAUGAAAAAAUUAAAUCAAGAUCAAUCUUCAAGUUAUCCAUUAUUGCAUCAGUUAAAUGAUGUUUUGUUGCACACACAAAGUUGCAUUAUUAAACUUGGAAAUAUUUUUCAUGAUAAAGAUAAAUCAAUAGAUCUUGUCAAUGUGUCUUGGAAUCCAAUAGAUCUUGUCAAUGUGUCUUGGAAUCCAAUGAUUAAUCAGUCAAAGAAUGAGAUAAAGCAAGAAGCUAAAAUUGAUUUGAUUGUUUUAUCUUUCAUCAAAAUGGUUGGACAAGUUAACAAUGUAUUGGAAUCCAUUACUUCAGAAUUGCAACUAAAAAUAGCAGAUGAACCUAAUCAUAAUGAAGCAGAAGAAUUGCACAAUCAAAUAAUAGUGUUAAAAGAGAAGUUAAUCAGAGAACAGAUUAAAAAUAAAGAUAACGAAGAAAAUGUUCAUUUAGUUAAAAGUGAUCCAAUUGCUAAUCAUACUGAGGCAGAAGAGUUGCACAAUAAUAUAAAAUUGUUACAAGAUAAAUUGUUGGUAGAACAAGCUAAAAAUAAACGUAAUGAAGAACAUGCUUUAUUACUUGAAAUUAAUUCAAGCAACUUACAAAAGGAAAAUGAAUCAUUGUACGAAAAGAUAAAUAUUUUAGAAAAUGAUUGUAACUUAUUAAAGCAAGAUAGUUUUAUAAAAAAGCAACUUUUAGAAUCUAAUCAACAAGCCUCUAAAGUCAUGAAUAUUCAGAGUUUAACAAAAAUGCAGAAAAGAACUCCUCCAACUGAAAGCUAUAAAAAUGUUACCAACACAAACGAUUUCCAUGAUGUGGUAUGUGCUGAAAAAGCGCACGUUAGAAGUGACAUAGAUGAUGAAUUUUCCGACGAAUCGAUUUUACUUGGCAAAAUGGGCAAUUUGGUUUUGGCUUUUUUUCUGCUGUUGGUUGGAUUAGGAGCUCUUAUAAUGUUAGGGAUUAUUAAAGUUACUGCUGGUACAUUACCUCUUGUUGAUGAGAGAAAUUGGGUCGAAGCUUGGGAACACAUAAUUGAUUAUUUAUUUUAAAAUGUAUAUAUUUUCAAACUAUUCAAAUUAAUUGUGUUUCAAAUAAUACGAAAGUUUCAUAAAGCUGUAUGUUGUUGCAAAAACUGUCGUAAGUUGAAAAUAAUAUGAAAGUUGCACUGAA